AUGCCCAGACCAACCCUCAUCUUCGCCCCGGGCGCAUGGUACCCAUCAACAGCCUUCGACCCAAUCUUCCCAAAACUAUCAGACUACAAAUGUCGCAGCAUCGCCUUCCCAUCAAUCACAAAAGCAACUGAAAUCAAAGACCUGGAACCCGACACGCAGGCCGUGCGCUCAACAGUCCAGGAGGAAGUCGAUGCCGGCCAGGACGUCAUUGUGAUCGCUCACAGCUGGGCUGGACUCCCUGUAAACAGUGCAUUGGAUGGGCUGAGUAAGCUGGAACGCGAAGCAGAAGGCCUGAAAGGAGGAGUUGUCAAGCUCGUAUUCAUCGCGGCGUUUUUGCCGCAGAUUGGCGAGGGGUUGAUCGGCGCUUUUGGUGGGACACCUCCGCCUUGGUAUGUUGUUGAUGAGCAAACAAACACAUUCACAACUAGUGAUCCGCAGUUCUUGUUUUUCCAUGAUGUUCCUGAUGGUGCGGAGUGGGCGAAAUUGCUUCUGCCUCAUGCCUGCGCUACUAAGACUGCUCCUGCUACGAGUACGGCGUAUAUGAAUAUCCCUACGUCUUUCCUGCUUUGUGAAGAGGAUCGGGCUAUCCCUGUGGCUGUUCAGCAGGUUUUGGUUGAUCGGGCGCGCAAAUGUGGUGCUGAGAUUGAGACCGAGAAGAUUCAGACUGGGCAUACGCCCUGGUUAGUUGUUCCUGAUCAGGUGGUUGCUUAUUUGAAGAAGCAGGCUGGGGAAUCUGAAUAA